AUGAGCGCGACUGAACUCCUACGUCCGUUGCAGAUUCCCCCCAAAGUGGAGACGGAGCCGUCCAAAGUGAAGCGGGCGUUGGUGCUGCCCAUGCGCCGCUGCGUCGAUCCCCAGAAGAUCGUCAUCCGCGUGGCCGCCGACGGACGGACCGACGAAGCGCAUAGGUUCGUGAGCAGCACGAGGGCGAAGGACGAAUACUCUCCGAUUCCCUUGGCAAGAGGAUCUCGAACUCGACCUCAUUACUCAGGCGAUUUUUGCCUCACGCCCUCGCCCUCCUCCGCCACCGCCACCGCCUCCGCCUCCCGCCGUGGAGAGAUUCGCGCCGUAGUCGAAUCCAUAAACAUUCACAAUCCGACUGUCGACAAAGACAAGGACACGCAAUUUAUAGUUACAAUGGACGGUUACCAUCCGAACGCGUUCCUGGCCAAAAAGCUUAUGACGGAAGGUCUAUUAGAUGACGACGACGGUCAAUCAGAAAAGCUAACACCAGAAACGACGAAGGAAAAAGAAAUAAACAAAAAAGAUAAAAGUGAACCUGUGAUGGCGUUAGAUGUCCUAAAAACGGACGUCGAAAUGGCACCAAUCGACGACAAAGUGAACGAAAAGAAACCCGAAGUCGAUAAGGAGCCGAAAGAGAAGGAAGGGCCCGUCUCGUCAGCCGUCAGUCAAAAGAAACGGUUGAGCGACACGAGCGAAGAUAGCGGCACUCAAGUUAUUAUAAAACAGGAAGACGAGAAGGCAGAAAAGAGAAAGAGUGACGUAGAACCGAAUGCGUCUCUACCGCAUUCGGGCGUACCUGCGGUCAAAAAGAGAAGGGCAUCGCCGAUAGUCUUCGACGUCGACAAGAAAGAGAGAGACAGAGACGCGCGAAGAGAGAGGACGGUGAGCGCGAGCAGUGACGGUCAGUCCAUCUCGCUGACCACCGUCUCCGACUCGCACAAAUACGACGCGGUGCCUCCGCUGUCGCAGGUCAUGCGAGGCUCGUGGUGCCGAGCCUUCCCCUCGUGCCGCUUCGGGCCUUCGUGCGCCUUCGUGCACCCUCGCUGCAAGUUCGCCGCCUCUUGCACGCGCCGAGGCUGCGUUUACGCGCACGACGCGCCCUCCGUCGCCUCCCACGUGGUCCCCGUCGCGAACUUCAAAUCCGUUUCGAGUUCGAUUACCAACCUGUGCAAGUUUUAUCCGAACUGCGCGAACCCUUCGUGCCACUUCUACCAUCCGAAGCCCUGUCGCUUCGGGAAGGCCUGCGCGAACAAGCUCGAGUGCAAUUUCUACCACACGGACGUUCCGGGAAAGAUGUAUUCUCUUUGA